AUGUCAUUCUUCACACGGAAGAAGCAUGCUCCCCCGCCUGCAGCUGCAGUCAUCGUCCCAUCUGCGAGCGCCGCCCUCGCACAGCUUCAGCAGGUGCAGGCCCAACAGCAGGCCCAGCAACAGGCUCAGCAGCCACCUGCGCCUAAGCAGCUUUCGAAGGAGACGAGCUAUGAUGGCUCUUUGAAUGGACGUGGGAGCCCAAACGUUCACGGACAGCAGAACGGCAUCCCGCCACAAGUGCAGGCACAACGCCAGGCUCGAAACGGCAGCGUCUCCGUUGAACCGGGCAAUGGCAGCCCACAAAGCACCCAGUACAAUUCUUCGCCGUCUCAACUCCAGUCUCAAGGCCCGUCUGGGCAACAGCAACAACCUCAGGGCCAGCAGCAGCGGCCAGCGUAUCCAUGGUCGCAACGGCGGCUCAUCCUUCCGCCUCCCGUUACGAUCCCAAAGCCUGACCAGCGAUGGUAUAUGUUUCAGAAGAUGGGUCCGGCACCGAGCCCCCGUUCUGGGCAUGCUAUGGCCUCCAUGGGCUCGCGGGUGUUUGUGCUUGGUGGUCUCGGAGGAGAAUCAUUGAGUAGCCCUGCGAAGCCAGAGGACCCAACAAUCGUACAUAUUUUGGACACCAAGCACAUCAAGUAUCCAGACUCGAACAAGCUGCCACAAACCGGUGCACCUUCAAUAGGCCGGAAAUCCUCCAUUGGCGCCUCGCAAAACUCCACAUCGCCAGCGCCGGGCUCAGGACCGAUUAUCAACGGUUUGCGACCUUUGUCCCCAGAGCAGCAUGGCUCAGAUGUUGAGGACGUCCGUCGAGCGAUGUCUCCUUCCAGCCAGCGGUCAGAUACUAAAGCGCCAACUGGCGUCGCAAUGCAGCAGUCGCUUUCGACUAUCUCCAAGAGCAGCAAAAGCGCGAUGCUUACGGUGGAGGACAGCAUGGAUGGGGGCGACAGCAGCCCUGAGGUGUCUUCUGCAGACGUCCGCGAACGGGCGACAUCGCCCGAACAGAAUCGCGCGAAGAGCCCAGUCUACAACAGCAGCCGUGCCACGUCGCCAAUGGUACACAUUGAGAGCCAGGAACCUCCGAGCAUGGCUAGCGUCGCCAUGGGAUGCAAUGUGCUUUCUGCGCGCAGCCCCUCGCCUAACGUGGAUAGGGGCAAGCCUCCUGCAGAAGCAUUCUACAUGGCGAAGCCGGGCUCGCCUUCGCCUAAUGGUUCUGCGCUUCUAAAGCCUGCCUCGACGGGCAACGCUCCUGCCAACCUGAUCCGGGACCUCAAGGACAGAGAGGUAGAAAUAGAGACAAUGAAGAAGCGCGAGACAUGGAUGAAGGCGGCGCUGUCGAAGGCGUCCACAGCUGGAUUUGUGUAUGCCGAAUUGGAAGAGGAUCUGUUGAAGCGGGCAGACGACGAUGAUAUUGAUGGGCAGAAGGUCACUGAGCUGAUCAUCAGCUUCAAGCAGCUGAGAGCGCAGAUUCAGACCAGCGUCGUUGACCAGGCAAAGGCAGCGUCAGAUCGGAUUAUGGAGGCUGAACGCCUACGCGCGGGUGCUCUGCAAGAAGCAGCGUUCUACCGUGCCAAAUUGGCUGCAUUGGAGGUCGGCUCCAAAGCGGAUUAUGUGAGACUGGAACGCGAGCGCUCCGCUGACUUGGAGAGGAAACUUUCCGUGGUGGCGACCGAGCAGGCGGAGAAAGACCGCAGGAUCAACGAACUCUCCGAAGCCCUGGCGACACAGACAAGACUCAUGGAGCAGGCAGAAGCGCGCGCUGAGGAUGCUUCGAAGCGCGUGGAUGUCCUCUCUCAGUCGCACGACCGAGAGUCAGAAGCAUAUCGGGCAUUACAGGAGAACUAUGCUGCAAUGGAGACGAUGUAUAGGGACCAGACCGACCGCCUUCUUACACAGACCUCGUUGCUCGAGCAGCGGGAAGCGGAGUACCUCAGGUCUCAAUCACAGUUGGCAGAGCUGACAGACUCACACGAGAAGCAUAUGCGGGCGUUCGAACUAGCGCGCUCUGCAUUGCAAACCGCUUCGAGUCGCGCUGAGGAGAUCGACACUCAGAAUAUGCAUGCCCGAGAACAGAUCGCGCAGCUGGAGACAGAUUUGGCCGACCUGAGGGGAGAGCUCGAAGCCCGCACGACGGAGGUGGAGAAUGCCCGUAUGCGGAUCCGGGACGUGGAGAAUUCAUGGGCGAAGUCGAGAGAGGAAGCCGAUGCAUUCAGGGCGUUGACCACGGGCAACUUGGGCGAGUUGCUUGACUCGUAUCGGGACCUCAAGAGCGAUGAGGAUCGCGUUUCACAUGGCCAUGCUGAGAAGUUGGAAGCUCUACAGCGAGAGAUCACUUCGUUACGCGACAUGCUGAAAGAUGUCACUCGUCGUGCCGAUGAGACGCAGGAAGAGUUGACACAAGAGCGCCACAAGGCACGGGAUGCAGAGACAGAGACCUCAUCGCUUCUCGCUCAGGUAGCAGGUCUGCGGAUGCAGCUUUCCAGUGCGCUGGCCGAGAGUGGCCGGUUACGGAAAGAUCUGGUGUCGAAAGAGUCCGAAUACCAGGCGCAAAUGAAGGAGGCUUCAUCUGCAACUAUCCGUUUGGACGUUAUGCGCAAGUACUUGGCGGAUCAUGGCAUUGCUGUUGAUGGUGAACGUCCUCCAUCCGGUGGUGCUGCAUCGUCAUCGCGAGUAGCGGAUCUGGAGAGCAAGCUCGCAGAUCAACUCCGACAGCAAGAGAAUAUGGAACGGGAUCUGCGCUCUGCACUGCGUCAGAAAGAGGACGCUGAGACCCAGAUAGACUCUUUGUCUGCCCAGUUGGACGACUUGCGUUCAUCACAGAGACAGAACGGCACCGACAGUACUGCGGAUAUACGUGCGAUAGAACUUGAACGUAAGCUUGAGGAGACCGAAGCAUCGUACAAGGCACGCUUGCAGCAGCUUGAAGAGGACUACCAGCUCGCGGUACAUUAUGUGAAAGGUACUGAGAAGAUGAUGCGCAAAAUGAAAGAAGAGCUGAACAGGCAGAAAACGCUCAAUCAAAGCAUGCAGGUGGAGCUCGAUAGAGCAUCCAGCACGGAGCCGGGCUCGCGGUUGCGCGGGCUCAAUGGCCACGGCCGCAAUACACCCUCUCAGGAAGAUAGCCAUGAGUUCUUGCGCAACCAGCUCUCGGAUGCGCAGCGCCAGGUCCAACGCCUCAACAAUGACAAUCGCGAUCUGCGUGAGCGGAUCGGUUCAUUGGAACGGGACCUCGAGCACAUGAGGGACAACGUCAUCACUUCUCGACGAGAGUCUGAUGAACGCUUCUCACGCAUCGAGGAGCUUGAGCAAGAUAUCGAACGCUUACAGAAUUCCCUGGUAAUCGCUCGUGGAGGUCACGAUAAAACAAUUUUGGAGCAGUUGAGCGACGAGAAUUUAACCUUGAAACGCGAAAACGAGGAGUUGUCACACAAAAUUGGUCUACUUCUCGAAGUCGACCAGCCCACGUUCGGCCAAGGUCGGCCUAUGUCUGAUAUCUCGGAGCGUCGUGCGAGCACUUCAAGUUCCGAGAACGCCAUGGCAUUCGAGCAUCUGUCUACUCAAUUUGAUGACUGGCAACGGCAGCUGGCUAGUUCGAUGAGUAAUCGAAGGCCUCUUAUGGACUAUGACCCAACUUCUUCAGGACAUGAGCGUACGAGAUCGCGGUCGUGA